AUGGCUAUCCAUCCACGCCUGCGCCCAGAAGGUUCGCCAGGGCAUCUAUCGCCGCAACAAGCCCUAGCCAUUUCUGCAUGGACAGAGCAACAUGCAGCAGCGUCCCUGCAGGACAUGACCCUAUCGGACUCAGCCCCUGCAGCGAGGACCCCGUCUACACCGACGCCGACGCGCUCGGGUCUGCGCGGAGCCACCGUUUCGCUGUCGAUCCCUCUCGACGACGAAGCGACCCCAACCCAACGAGUCAAGGUCGAGUCCCGCCCCCCGACAGUCAGCUUCCGGCGUCGGGAGCCUCUCCGUCGGGAUGGCCUCAAGACCCGGGAAGCCCUGCUCAAGGGCAAAGACGGCAGCCGUCGGAGACAGCGCUGGGAAAACGAUCGUCUGUUGCACAACCCCUGGGCAGAACCGCCAUCUUCAAAGGACUGGGAUGUCCAGCCUACCUAUCCUCGGCAUGACCCGAUGCCUUAUUAUCUUGCGCCCCUGUGGGACGUUCACUAUUCCCAUGUGGCGGAUCACCAGGCGGCCGUGAAGGCCGCGGAGAAAGCUAACGAGAAGCGUCACAUUCCGAAGGAACUGAGGUUAAAGCUGAAGCAUGCGCGUGCUGCGCAUGGCAUGCUCCGAGGUCUGGAAGAUGAGGUCCGUACGUUUAUCCAGAAGUGGAAUGAGAGGGAACUUCUGCUUGAGAAAGAGGGGUUGCAGGAUGCUCCCAAUAACUCGGCUAGUGACGACUCGGAAGAUGAGAUCGUCUUUGUUGGUCGUAAUGGGCAGAUGCACGACUCGCCCGAACGAAAGGAGAGACUCCGCCUGCUUCGAGAGGAGAUCAGCUGCCACAGCGAGCGGGAUGGUGAGAAGAUGGUACUUGAGACUCUGUCUGAUGAUCGUGCCGCUGGAUUCGGUCGCUGGUUGGUCCACUCCAUCGCAUCCUACUAUGGAUUGCACACAUGGUCCGUCACAGUAGAAAACCGACGAGAAGCCUAUGUGGGCUUCCGACCCCCGGUCCCAGGAAGCCGUGCCGGGAUCGUUUCCCACCCAGCUUGCCAUUCGGAGUCCUUGAUCAAGCCCGGAGACGAGCUUCCUCGGCCUCUCUAUGCGCAGGUGUAG